AUGAGGCAGACUGGUCAUUGGCACGAACGACGGGGUCUUCGUCCGCUUUGCAACUUGGCAAUAACUGACCUAACACUAGACGCGUCUUCACCGCAACACGAGGGCCGCAUUGCACCUGGCGAGCGAGUUGCCUGUUUUUAUACAGCGAUUCUAUCUGUCGGUUGCAGUUUUAUUUUAAUAAUGCUCGCGCAGAUGGCGCGAGCGCAGGACACGCUCGCCCCAGUGUCGCGACAGUGCACCCUAUGGCAGGCGCACAGGGUACAUACAGUUAGCGCCGUGCCACUCCCGUGUUCCGAGUUG